AUGAAUAGCGAAAAGUAUACUUCUGAGUACAAUAAUAUGGACAGAAAUUAUACUGAAACACGAAGGAAAGACGCAUACGAUAAUUAUAACUCUGGUAUGUGUCCUACCCCCAUUGGAAAUUUUCCUGAAGAUAUGUUUCUACACGGCCCAUUAAAAGGAAUAUCUGAUUAUAAUAAUUCUAACUAUGCAAAUUAUAGUAAUCCGAAUAUAUCAGAAAAUUUUACUUAUAAUCCUAAUUCCUAUAUCCAAUAUAAUGAUCUCUUCAAAAAAAAUAAUACAGGAGAAUCUAUGAAAAUUCGAUCUCGUCCAAACAAAGAAAAAUUGUAUUAUGUAAGAAGUGAAAAUGAAAUUGAACAUGAUGAACCCAUUUGUCUAAGAAAUAACAUAUUCGAAAUAAAUAACAGCUUAUGUAAGGCAUAUCAAAAAAAUGAUUUUAUGAAAAUAAAUCCAAACAUAAAAAGAGUGUUAAAAAAAAAAUCUAAUGUAAAUGAGAAAUAUAAUAAAAUUAAGAAAGACAUAUUGCUUACAGGUGAUCUAUAUUUAAAAAGCUUCAAUAAGUAUUAUCCAUGCAAUUGCUUAAAUGUUUACAAAGAAAUAUAUAAAAAUACAAAAUAUGAUAUUUCUGAUUUAAAGCAAGUACACACUGAUUUGAUUUAUUUAAUAUUAAAAUAUUUAUAUUACGAAAGAAUAUUACCUGAAGCUAAUGAAAUUAAAAGAAAAAUCAACAAGUAUUUUCCUGAUUGUGCUGUUUUAAAUAAUAAUUUUAUAAAUAUAUGUAGAGAAGAUCCAUAUAAGAAAUUUGAAAUAUAUCGAUCCAAUGCUUAUGAAAAAGACUUAAAAAAAGGAAAAAUAAUUUAUAAAAAGCCACUUAACAAUGAAAAUAUUUGCAUAUAUUUAAGAGGCGAUAAUAAUCACAAAGGGGGAAGAUAUAUUUUAGCUGAAACACUAAAGCAUACAGGCCCAUAUAUUUUUAGAACUAUGAAAUUAGGAAGGAUAAUUCACAUACUACAAAAAUGUAUUGAUCUAAACAUUUUAUCAUAUUUCAACAAUAAUAUAAUACCAAUAUUUACAUCAAUGUCUAUUUCAAAAACAUAUAUUUCAAAAAUGCACGUAAACCAAACCCCGGCAUUAAAAAAUCACAAAGAACAAUCAAUAAAUUUAAUCAAAAAUAGAAUAAGGUCUUUAUUAUAUAGUUAUUCAGAGGAUAAAUCCAAAACAAAAGGGUUUUCUCUCAGUAGGCUUCCAUUAAUAUAUAAAAAUGUUUAUAAGGAAAAUAUAAAUAUAGAUCAAAUAGGAUAUUCAAAAUUAACGGAAUUUAUAAAUAAUGAAAUGAGCGAUAUUUGCUUUAUUUCAACACAACAUAAAUUCCAAUGUAUAUUACUCCCAGUUAUGGAAGAUGAACAAAAACAUAGAGAUAAAAAUUCAAAGUUAAAAAAAGAGAUUGAAAUAAAAAGAUCGCUAGAGUAUAUAAAAAAUUAUCAAUGGGAAAGGUGUAUUUCCUUUUUGCAUACCUUAGAUCGCUUAAAAAAUACACAUCCCAAUUUUGAGCUUGAAUAUAGCAUGACUAAUAAUACUACUCUCGAUGAAUUAAUGAAUGAUCCUUUUUUUUGUGAUUAUAAAAAUAAUGAUCAAAAUUCUAUUAAUGAAGACAAUACACCGCCAUUGUUAUUGCCUCUUGAUGUAUUUAAUUUGCCAUCGUCUUAUGACAUGUACAAUUCAUAUUUCAAAUCGAAUUCGUACUAUAGUAAGGAUGAAACUGAUGAUACAUCGGCUAUUCAAUUUUUAGAUACCUCGCAAAAUAAAUUUGAUAUCAUAUGUGAUUUUCAAAAAUAUGAAAAUACAAGCAUAUCUAUUGAAGAGCCAAUAAAUAUAAAUAACAUGCAUAUACACUCCCCAUCAUCUUACGAUGUUUUCAAUUCUUUAUUUAAUGAUAAUACAGAGAAUCCCUUAAUUGAUAGGAGGUGUCAAAUUAAAGGAUUCAGCUAUUAA